GUCACGCCUGCGAUAAACUUCGUGAUGGUGGUGCAAGAGGAUAAUUCGGGACUUACCGUGCAAAGUCAGGAGAUUCAUGAGGCGGAGAUCCCGAAGGAGCCGAAAGUCUACUCCCUGGAGAUUCUGAAGAUCAUAAAAGCUGCGCAGCAACAGCACGGCCUUCGACAUGGGGAUUACCAGCGUUAUCGUGGCUACUGUUCGAGGCGAUUGCGACGGCUGCGGAAAGUGCUCAAAGUUCCACAGGGUGAUAGGCGUCAUUUUAAGAGACGUGACGUGAUGCCAGUGAUGGUCAAGGAUGACAAGUUCCUACAGAUUCCAUUGACAUUGGCAGAGCGAGCCUGGAGCUAUGCCAUGCAGUUACGACAAGAAUCGAACACCGAACCGAGGAAGAAAUUCCAUUUAAUCUCGAAACUCAGGAAAGCCGCGACCUAUUCCUUGCAGCUGCAGGAAUUAAUAGAAAGCGUAAACUGUGACGCCAGGACCAAGCUCGAAGCCCAGGCUUACGUAGCAUGGAUUCAUGGUUCGCUUCACUUCGAGCUACACCUCUGGAAACCUGCGAUGGAGAAUUUGAAGAAGGCCCAGGUGGUCUAUGAGAAACUCGUCACAGCAUUGCCAGACCCAGACCGUACUACGUACCAGUCUCGAGUGGAUGAACUGGCCCCGAACCUGCGCUACUGUGCUUACAACAUCGGAGACACCACAGCCAUCGACGAUCUGAUGCAAAUGCGAGGACAACUGAGUGCAGAGCUGUUGACCACCCUGGACUCCUUGAUGGCGCAGACCCAAGAAACAAAAUCCUCUUCGGAGGAAGUGACCUGGCGUGGCAAAUCCUGUGGAACUGUGCCCCCCAGGGUGGCAGGCCUUUUGCACGCAGACUCCAGGCUGGACCAGGUGCUGUGUAAAGCUAAUAACCUUCAAACUAGGGUCGAACACUUGGACGCUCACUUAAUAGACUGCAAGGAUGCCAUCGCGACAGUCCGAGAGACCUUCAAGAGCGAACUGAAGAGCAAGGACUCGGAGAAGAACAGCACGGUGCAGCAUUUGAUCUCCUAUUUGCAAUACAUUCGACUGGGCAGAACUCUGGAGAGAAAUCUGACUCUUGUCGAGAUUGCGAAAGAGUCCAAGAGUUCAAAACCCCAGGACAUUGUCAGAUUAUACGAAGCAGCGAUACAUAACCUCGUCGAGAUGUCACAGCUCCAGGACGACGAGGAGUUCCGCCGGAAUCUGGAGGUCAGGACACGUGGAUAUCGUGCGUUUCGAUGUUUUUAUAUGGCACAGUCGCUUGCUUAUGUCCAACGAUGGAGAGAGGCGCUUGCUUUGUAUCAAAGAGCGCUUCAACAUGUGAAAACUGCGAUGGAAAAGGAGGAAACUCUGCCGGAGGACUUGAAGACGGCACUGUGUCAAUUGAAAGCCUCCAUCGAAGGGGCGCAGUACGCAGCCCAUGCCCAUAGUGUGUUGGGGGAUCAAGAAGCAGAAACUGGGACGAGCACUCUAAUCAAGAGCAAGAAACCUCUCAUCGAGAGGCUCCACGAGUAUCGAGAGGAUCCUUCCCUGCUGUCGAAGCAACCUAAGAUCGUUAAACUGCCACCUCCCACUCAGAGCAUUCCGUGCAAGCCGUUAUUCUUCGAUCUGGCCUCGAAUAUGGUGGAGUUUCCGGACCUCUCCGAGAAGUUUGGCGAUCCUUCCAAGAAGGGGGGACAAGCGGGACUGUCUGGCUUCGUAAAGGGCCUCUGGGGAUGGGGGAAUAAAUAGUAACGAUGAGAAUUUGUGGUCUUUUGCUCUACGAUGGGGUUCUACAUCCACGUAACCUCCUCUCCGAGGAAUUAAUGAAGUGUGUGUACAUGAAAUAACGUGAGCUCCCACUUCUGUCAUGACAGUCGACAGAGUUUCGGUUAAAUACAGUUUUAAAUUAAGGAAACUUAACAUUGCUCUAACUAGAGGGAACCGAAUUCAUUGGUAAAACGAGUCCAAGGUUUAUUUUAUCCAAAUAGUGUUUACGUCUGUUCCACGCGUAUUAUUGGGUUCAGGAAUAAGUUCUCAUCGUUUUUAACGUGACGUAGCAUAAUUAAAACAACAAAAACUUCUUAACUUAAUACAUUCGACUCGUAUUCUAAUCUCCGCUAUAUUGAAUAAUCGAGUUACAUUUUUCUCACAAAGAUCGCUAAUAUUAAUAAUCUAACUUAGCAAGGAAACAUUGAGUUAGAAUUUUUGCGAAAAUAUCUGAAAAGUGGGAACUCCUUUUGCUAUUUCAUGGGAUUACUUGUAAUAAGCUAGGUUAUGGAAUUCGUUCAUUACGGAGUUAAAGCCGAGGAGGCAAGACUACGUGCAUUUCUUUUUCUUUAAUAUCUUAUAACUGAAUGAUUAUGUGUGUAAAUUCUAUGAGAAGUGGGGAGAUAAAUGGAUAUGAUUCUA